AUCCCACUCCUCUAAGAUCUCCCUUGUGCCUUUCAUACUUUCUUUAGUUCCUUUUUCGUGAUCUUGCAUUGCCUCCAUUAUUCAACUGGUUCAUCAUGGGUAGUAUUAGAACUGAGAGGCGACGGGAGGGUAGAAGAAGGCAGUCCCAAAAGAACAAGUGGAAGAGUUACGCUACCGCACCUGGUAUGCUGCGUUUCAAUAACUGCGUUGGUAAAUUUCCUCUUAGCCAACGACUUAGUAGUCGUUCCUUUAGACCGGCAGCUUGGAUCGUGCAGACUAGCAAGAAACAACUGUUCGGCUCUCCCACUCCUUGUGAUUCUCGAUUCUCAAAGCCCACUCUGCGAUUCAUGGCGAUGCCUGCUCCCGCUUCUCACACCAUGAGAGGCCUAGCAGAUGUUCUAAUGGAUAACCCCGAGAUGCGAUUCAAAGGCAUCAAUCACGAUACCCUCGAUCUAGCCGCCAAGGCUGCCUUGCAGGUCACCGACGAGGUAAUGGUGAAAUGGCUACACAAAUGGUGUCCUCAUAUGGAUUUCGCCUUGAUUUUCGACUGGAUCCGAUCUGUCGACUACGUGGAGGACCACUACGAGCACAACCUGUACAUGGUACCGUCCGAGGCCAUGGAUAUCCAAGGCACUGGCACAACUCUGGCGAAACUGUACCGCAAUUGUCGACAAGCCUACUCUAAACAUUCUGACCUGCAAGUUCCGAAUGUCGUGGAGAUUUCCGACCACUGCACCAUCGUCUGUCGCGUGCUCAAGAACGAAAAGUGCGCGGAUCUCCUCGAGAAGACUAAGGAGGUAGUCCAGUGGGCGCCUCUUGGUCUUGGCUGCAAGGAGCUGGAGGUAAAGAAGACCUUAUCUCGCAAACUCGAUCAGAUCCCCGCCUCUCACCAAGACAGAAAGGGACUGGAGAAGGAAUUACUCGACGCCGCGCUCGUCGAAUACGAGAUCCAUCGACAGGAAUUCACCAUCCAGCUUAUGCAGCAGGUCAAGGUGCUACUGGACACUUCCGAUCCGUUCCAUCCCGAUAACAGCUCAUGA